UAUUCAUGACCUCCUUAAUUUUGACGUUUUUACUAAUGUGGUUGUUAUAAAUCCCACAUAAUGUCUGAAACUCAGUUAAAAAUUCCCGCUCAAGAAGUGCUGCAACAUGUCACCGACAAGGGUUGACUUACUACUAACAACAUGUCAAACGCUGAGUUUUAACCUCUAAUUACCUGCGCUGAUUCAUUCAUUGAUUGAUAUGAGCUUGUAGGAUUAGCCAAUUCAGUUUGAUGUUUUGAGUUUUAGGUUUGUCCUCAAUGUAGUACAGCUUUGGCGUUUCUGUUGCGAGUCAUUGAAAGUCUUCUUGAGUCAACUCUUUGCAGCUUCUUCUUUUUGUGAUUCUGAAACUGCUCCGAGGGGAUUGCCGGCAGAAUGGGGACACCUACGCGCAGCUCAAACACUAGAAUAGGAAAUGAAAUGAUGAGGCUUCUUUUGACAACUUUUGCUGGAGUUGUGUUUGGUAUUUUCUUAGGUGUAUCGUUUCCUACACUUCCAUUGACCAAGGUGAACUUACCUUCUAAUCUUUUUCGGUUAAUUGAUCUCACUUACAUUGAGGACAAGUAUUCAGGCUUCUCAACCCAAGAUCUAUUAAAUGUAUUGUCUUCCCUUAGGAGCUGCAAAGGCCGUUCACACAGGCAUUCUGACACAAAGAUUUGGGUUCCAUCAAACCCUCGAGGUGCUGAGAGGCUACCACCGCAUAUUGUUGCAUCUGAGUCUGAUCUUUAUCCUCGAAGGUUGUGGGGCCUACCCCGUGAGGACUUGAUUAUCAAACCUAGGUAUCUUGUUUGCUUUGCAGUUGGAUACGAGCAGAAAAAUAACAUUGAUGCGGCAGUGAAAAAGUUUUCAGAGAAUUUUACCUUUAUGUUGUUUCACUAUGAUGGUCGAACAAGUGAAUGGGAUGACCUUGAGUGGUCAAAGGGGGCUAUCCAUGUUAGUACGCUAAAGCAAACUAAAUGGUGGUAUGCAAAACGCUUUCUGCAUCCAGACAUUGUAGCACCCUAUGACUAUAUAUUCAUUUGGGAUGAAGACUUGGGGCUUGAGAAUUUUGAUGCCGAGGAAUAUAUAAAGUUGGUGAGGCAACAUGGGAUGGAUAUUUCACAGCCUGGUGUAGCAUCAAACAGUGAGUUGUCAUGGUGGAUGACAAAAAGACGAAAUGACACUGAAGUCCACAAGGAAACAGAGGAAAGACCUGGCUGGUGCACUGAUCCGCACUUGCCACCAUGUGCAGGAUUUGUUGAGAUCAUGGCACCUGUUUUCUCUAGAGAGGCAUGGCGGUGUGUUUGGUAUAUGAUCCAGAAUGAUUUGGUCCAUGGAUGGGGUCUCGAUUUAGCUCUCAGGAAAUGUGUGGAACCAGCACAUGAAAAGAUAGGAGUUGUAGAUUCUCAGUGGAUUGUGCAUCAAACUGUCCCUUCACUCGGAAACCAGGGACAAGCAGAGAAAGGCAAAGCACCAUGGGAAGGGGUAAGAGAAAGGUGUAAAAGAGAGUGGACAACGUUCAAGGAGCGUAUGGCUGCUGCAGAGAAAGAUUAUUACAAGGCAAAGGGAAUAAUUGAUCCCGUUAAUUCAACGUCUCAUUAAGUAAAAUGUCGUAUUUAGUUUUAUAUACAUGGACAGUUAGAUUGCUUCUAGGUCAGUUUUUAAGCACUUUUGUAGUGUUAGGGGUAAAAUAAAAAGGUGCUUUUAAUUUAAGCACUUGUUUUAAAGCCAAAAAAGUCAAAAGCUACAAGCUCAUCCAAAUAGGCUCUUUGUUACCAAUUAAUGCUUAUCACAUAGAUUUACUUGUAAUUAUCAACCUGAUGUUGUGAAUAUUUUUUGGCUGUCAAUGCUACUAAGUUAAACUUGUUUA